AUGAUCCGUCAACCCAGUAGUGUGAUCAUCGCGGGUCCAUCGGGCAGUGGCAAGAGUGAAUUGGUGGAACAAUGGUUACGGUACCUCAACGUCUUUCAAGUCAAACCCCGCAAGAUUGUGUAUGCCUAUGAUCGUUGGCAACCCCGGUUCGAUCGCAUGCAAAAAAAGGAUGGGAUUCAAUUUCAUCGCGGGUUACCGGACCCCCGUCAUUUGACGCAAUGGUUUGGUCGGACGCGCGGAGGGGUACUGGUCUUGGACGACCUGAUGGAAGAAGGAGGACAAGACAAGCGCGUGUUGGAUUUGUUCACCAAAGAUUCGCAUCAUCGCAACAUCACGGUGCUGUAUUUGACGCAAGAUUUAUUCCCGCCUGGCAAAUUUUCCAAGACCAUCAAUCGCAACGCACAUUACAUUGUGGCGUUCAAAAACCCCCGGGAUCAAACAGGGAUACGAACCAUUUUAUUGCAAGCCUUUCCGGAUCGGUGGCGUCAAGUCUUGCGCCUAUUUAAACGCAUCACGUCCCGCCCCUUUGGCUAUUUGAUGUUGGAUGUGCAUCCUGCGUCGGAUGAUCGCUACCGCCUGUGGAGUCAUUUAACGCCCCGAGAAGGCAAGGCGCAAGUCCACACCUUGCGUGCGGAUGUCCCUGCCGUUCGACAACGAACUGCAACGAGAACUCGCCAGGGUCCGCCGGCAAAGAGAAGGCGGACAACAUACUGAUUUAGCAGCCCGCAUGGACACGCCAACCUUCUCGCCCGCCGGCGUGGGCUCCCCCACGGCGCCCCCUCCACCCCAGGAUCUCAGCAGUAUGACGGACAUGGUGACUGAAUUGACUCGACCCGUGGAUCGUGCCCAAUUGGAUCAAGAGAUUGAGGAUUUCAAUUUGACCUACCCGGUCAAUGUGAAUGAUGCCUUGAAUGCGUUCACGCUACCGCCCGUGGCUGGCACCGGCACUGCCCCCGCCACCACCACCGCCACCACCACCACGGCACCGCCACCACCCUCCAUCACCACGACCACCACAUCGACCCGAACACGCCCCACGACCACCACCACCACCAGUCGACCGCGACCCGUCACCUCCACCCGAACACGCCCUGCCACCACCGCCACGACCACCACCGCUCCCUCACGCCCCUCCACCUCUCGCCGCAGCGCUGGGGCAGGAACCAGGACCACCACCUCCACGGUGACGACCCCCACUGGACGCCCCACCAUUGCUGCCAAACAACCGCGACGACGUCCCCGCGUGCCCUCCCCACCGUCCCCCGAUUCGUCCCCUCCGUCCGAUGACGAGGACGACGAUGAUGACGACGAUCGACGGCGAGGAUUAAGGCGACGGUUGGAUUUGCUCAAUGAAGAUGCUCAACAACGGGCUCGAGGCAGACGUAUCCGCAACAUCACGCACACCAAUACAGUCACCACGGUCUACGAAGAUGGAGGAGGGCGACCUUCGGUACGUCGAACGUCCACCCGAACGUCCAGUCCAAGUCCACCCAGACCACCACGCCGAGGACGGGGCCGGGGCCGUGGCCGAGCACGUGGACGGGGCCGACGGUAAAAAAGGAUAUAAAAACAGUGGUCUCCCUUCCACCGUCCCAGUACUCAUGUGUGGCACAUGUCAAAACGCGAUGUGUGGCAAAUGUCGAGGCGCCAAACGCAAACGCACCACGACUUGAGAAAUUAGAUUCCCUCGGCCUAGAAUAUUAUCUGCUAGGUGAUUUAAACUGUAACCUGGCCUCUGCACAAUAUGAUUUAAAUACUCGACGCUUAUGUGAAAUUUCUGAUUUAUUUGGGCUUCAACAGCUUAUAACUCAACCUACUCGCAUAACGGAAUCCUCUUCAACAUUAAUUGAUUUAAUUUAUACAAACUAUACUGACAGGGUAGUCUGUUCCGGAGUCUCUCAUAUUGGUAUCAGCGAUCAUAGCCUUAUUUACGUUUAUAGGAAAUUAUCUCUCACUUUUCCUUCAAAAGGGCACUCAACCAUUUCUUAUAGAAAUUUCCAAAAUUUUAAUAGAGAGAGUUUUCGUAACGAUAUCGCUCAGCAAGACUGGUCCUGUAAUGUUUCUGAAGAUCCAAAUGUUUUGUGGACUGACUGGAAAACGAAGUUUUUGGAUAUUGUUAAUAUUCAUGCGCCACUCCGAACUAGACGUACUAGAACAAAUAAAGCACCCUGGAUCAAUUCAGAAUUAAAGAAAGGCAUGCGUGAUCGUGAUGCUGCCAAAAGAAAAGCAAUUACAUCGAAUGAUCCACACGAUUGGAAAAAGGUACAAAAAGUUGCGAAAUAUAAUAAACAAUGACAUCAAAAUUUCUAAAGCAUCUUAUUAUUCUAAUGCAUUUAUUCAAUCUAAGGGUAAUCCUCGAAAACGUGGCAAACCUUUAAUGAGCUUACAUCCCGUCGUGUGAAUAAUACAACGGUGAAAGAACUGAAAUUGAAUGAUACCAUUAUCUCUAAUUCUAGUGAGCUUUCUGAUGCUUUUAAUGACCAUUUUUCAACAAUUGGGCCCAGACUUGCUAAUGAAAUACCUCUAACUGCUGAAAAUAAUUCAAGUUAUAUCAAUAAUAUAAAGGUAAAUAACAACAAUUUCAGCUUCUCCUCGACUAACUGCAGCAUUGUUUUCUCACAUCUAAACAAAUUAUGUAGAUCUAAAGCAACUGGUCUUGAUAAUAUUUCUGCUAAAAUUGUACGUGAAUGUGCUGAUCUUAUUUCAGUUUCACUAUGUGAUCUCUUUAAUAAAUCUUUAGUCUCUGGUAUAUUUCCUGAUGAUUGGAAAUGUGCUAGAGUUACUCCGUUGUUCAAGGAAGGUGAGCCAUCUGAUCUGAAUAAUUAUCGACCUAUUUCAGUCAUUUCCGUUAUAGCUAAAGUGUUUGAAAGGAUUGUUUAUGAUCAGUUGUAUAACUUUUUGACCAAUGAAGAUAUCAUUUCUAAUCAUCAAUCGGGUUUUCGCUCGUUACACUCAACUGCAACUGCCCUUCUGGAAGCUACGGAUAAUUGGGCCUUUAAUAUUGAUCGUGGCAAUGUUAAUGCUGUGGUUUUCGUUGACCACGAUAUCCUUCUAGCUAAAAUGAACCUUUACGGAAUACAAGGUACAGCUCUUGAUUGGUUUAGGUCGUAUUUAACUAAUCGUACACAACGAUGUCUUGUUAACGGUUCUCUUUCUAGAAUCUGCUCUCUUAAAUGUGGGGUACCGCAAGGAACAAUCCUUGGCCCCCUUUUAUUUCUUAUUUAUAUUAAUGACUUGCCAAACUGUUUUACUUCGUGCCAGCCUAGAAUGUAUGCCGAUGACACCCACAUUACUUAUGCUGGCGUUGAUGUGAAUUCAAUACAGUUAACUCUGAGUCACGAUUUAGAUAACCUAAACAAAUGGCUUAUUUCCAAUAAACUUACUUUGAACACUUCUAAAACUGAAUUCAUGCUAAUUGGCUCCAGACAAAAAUUGAGUACUUUGUCGAACCCACUUGAGCUCUCGAUUAAUAAUGUUCCGAUUGAACACGUUUCCUCUGUCAAAUCGCUUGGAAUAUUUAUUGAUGAAAAUCUACGGUGGCAAACACACAUUGAUAAAUUAUCUAAAAAGGUCGCUUCCGGAAUUGGAGCAAUAAAAAGAAUUAGACCUUUUGUCCCUCCACCUACCCUUCACUAUAUAUACAACUCACUAAUUCAAUCUCAUUUCGAUUAUUGCAAUCUUGUCUGGGGUAAUUGUGGUAAAACAUUAUUUGACAGGCUACAGAAGCUUCAGAACCGUGCCGCUCGCGUUUUAACCUUCUCUAGCUAUGAUGCUGAUGCUAACCGUUUGAUUAGACAACUCGAUUGGAAAGACUUGAGCACUCAAUUUCAAAUACAGAAAUCCAUAAUGGUAUACAAGUCUUUAAAUGGCCUUGUUCCUGAAUAUUUAUCAUCUAAGUUUGUUAAACGAAAUGAAACGCGUUACUCCCUGAGGGACUCUGUUAACAAACUAUUUGUCCCAUUUCCGCGAACUAAUUUCAUGAAAAACAGCUUUACUUAUAGCGGAGCAGUUCUCUGGAACAGCCUACCCUGUCAUGUGAGAGAAGCCGAAUCUCUUAGUCAAUUUAAAAGAUUAGUUAAUGUUCACUUUUAAUGUUAUACACGGCAUUCAUGAAAAACAGGUUUUAGUUAGAUUAGUUGUAGUCAGGUUUUGAAUUUUGUUUAGGAUAGUUAGGUUAUUUUUAAUUUUUUUAAAUUCCUGAUGGAUUUUACCGUGUUUAAAUAAAGAUUGACUUGACUUGACUUGACUUGACUCGACGACCACCACGUCGACGUAGGAUCAAGGGUGGGAAGGCGCCGUUCAUCGUGGAUUUCAAGAAAGGCUUUAAGCUGUUGACAGACAAGGAUAUGUGGAAGAUUCCUUCCAAAGCUGACGUAAAGGCCGACAAACAACGGGUGGCCAAUUAUAAACGCCAGUAUCGCGCUAGUGGCAGCAAGGACUCGUACAACAAGUGGUUGGUCAAGAAGGGGUAUGCCAAAAAAGUUGGCGGGUGCAGUUUGAUGUGACAUGUAUAAAAAAGAGGGGUCGCGGUGUUCAGCUCUCAAAAAGAGUCGUCAUGGGACCCAAACGCAAACGCAAACGCUCCACGACUCGACGACCCGCCAAACGACGACGGCGUGUGACCUACAGUCAAGUGGGGGGUGUCGGGGUCGGCCUGCCUGUAGGCAUUCUCAAAGCCGGUUAUGCUGGUACCAAAGCCAUAGGGGAGCAUCAAACCAAGCGUGCCAUCAAAAUUGGCGAAAAACGUCGACGAGAAGUGGCCUCAGGCAAACGGAAACGCUAUGCGGGGGAAUCCUUUAAUUGUUCGAUCAUGUAAAAACGUAUAAAAAGACCUUCGUGGGCCUGAACAGGGGUUAGUUGAACGAUGGUCCGUGGACCCAACGGUCGCCGACAUCGUUAUGUCCCUCGAAUACGACGCCGGCGACGUGGAUUACAACGCGGCGCUAGGCUACCGCUUUUGGCAAUGGCUCUCUCGCCUUUGUGGCUCAGGAAAUACAAACCAAGAGUCCGUAUUCGACGCCCGGACUAACAAACGACCCAAACGAAAAGCCGUCACGUUUGCUUUGGAUUGGGACGACCAGUAUGAAGCGGCCUUGUGUUCACGGUGUCGAAAUCACAUGCAAACGCAUUAUCAUGGCGAAUUGUGUGGUAGGUGUGGCGCCAUUUUUACCAUAAAUAGACCUUGGUCGUUGCCUGAACUCAAGAUUCAUCAUGGGGUGGCGCAUGGAACGUCAAGCCCCGUUCUUGAAAAGUGUCUUACAAGAAGCCAAUCAACACAAACGACAAGAAUUGUUGCGGAUGGCCAAUGCGGAUCAGAUCAAUGCUGUCAGUGAAUUGGUGAUGAACACCCUCCGUGGCACGGUGCCCCGUUCCCGACACACCAUCACGUUGCUCAAACCCCACGCCCAGAGUUUACGCGCCAUGGCCAAACCCGCCCAUUCCGUCUAACGACGACGCGCCAUCAUGAUGGCUCAAAAAGGGGGCGCCCUCUGGCCUGAACUCUACCGAUGUUAUAAACGUUGCAUGCGCUAGACAAGACCCCUCAGUUGCACCAUGGAACCCGAGAUGGUGAGCACCACGGUGGACAACGCCCCGGCUUUUUUACAAUUACGAGACCAGUACAAACAAGAAUUGGUGGAAGAUACCCGCUUGACCAAAGCGGCUGAUUUAGCAGCCAAGCAACAUGUGCUCCUGACCAGCGAUGCCCCCGAUGCUUGGAAACGGCCUCAACUCAAAGCCGUGAGCCGUCAAUUACGCCAUUGGACCAAACAAGUGCGCCAACCGUUUGGAGCCCCGACUGGGGGUGUGAGUGCAGCAGGGGCCACGACCCCGGGCGACGAUGAUUUUGAGGCGGGCCCCAUGCAAGCGUGGUUCACGCAAUUGGUCAAGGCGACCCAGGGUAUAAAACAAGGCACCCCCACUCGUGGACCCAGAAAACCACCUGUCCCGCCCAAACCGAACAUCACCCCCAGUGCCAAAAAGAAACUCAAGUUCACGACCCCGUUGAGCAGUGAAGAAUUGGCGCACGAGUUGCCCUUUUCCGAGGAGCCUGGAACAGCGCCUUGGGAAACCCCCAAAGAACGUGUGGACUCUAUCAAGCAAUCAUUCAAGCGCGGGAUUCGCAAAAAAGCCACUGGUGUUGCCAAAAAGAAAGCCGCAGGUUGGGCCAAGAAAGCCUUGGAGUGGAAAUCGUGGAAAACCCCGUAA